ACGGAUCUGUAGCGGGACGAGUUCCAUUCGCGUCCUCGGUAAUAGGGCAUUGCCGGAUAUAAAUGAAAAUUAUUGGCUAAAGAAACAUCCAUCUCUGUGCCAUGUCUUUGGAGAGGACCUCAGAUUUGGCUAACGAGAACACGUGUGAGCCCUCUUCAUUGAGCCUUGAUCUGCGCUGCCCCCACAACGCUUUACUUGACACAGAGCUAGGCCCAAAAGGCAAAGCUAAAAACUCCUCUCCAAAGAGCCGUCUCAUCUACGCCAACACCACCCCCUCCCAGCUCCUAAACGACAUCAUGGGCGGUGUGGACGAUGAGGUGUCCCAACAGCACCUCGAAGAGGAGCGGGCGAGAAAUCAAGAGAACGAGCAGGGUCACACCGUCUCUGGAAGCAAUGCCAAAUGGUUAAAGGAGGGUCAGAACCAGCUGCGCAAAGUCGCUGAGAAGCAACAGGACCUAAACAGAAACCCAGAUCAGAACCUUAACCUCAUGGAAAAUGAAAACGAGAGCCCAGACAACAACCCGAACCAGAACCGCAUUCUCGAAGAGCAGGAGCAUGACAUUGAGAACAAUAAGAACCUCAAGGUCCUCUGCUCUGACAUAGACAUCAGGAAUGCAGCCAACGAGCCUCUUCUGAUCGAUACCUCUGAAAUUCCCAAAAGUAAGGAGGAAGAGUAUGAGGAUGAUGAAGAAGAGGAGAGCCUUCCUGUUAGCGGUGGAGAGAAGGACACAGACUCAUCAGAGGCGCAGAGCAGCAGUGACUCGAGGAAAGGUGAAGAAGGAGGAGGCAGAAACAAAUGCUUACUGUUCAGCAAGAAUGGAGCACCUAGUGAUGAAGACUCUAGCUGCAUGUCUCUGUCCCAGGGUAGCACAGCCACUAGCACUCCUGAUGGAGACUCAGAGUCCUACUGGGACCGCAGUGCGUUUGAGACAGACUCGGACCUGCCAGCUGGGUGGAUGCGUGUGCGGGACACCUCUGGCACCUACUACUGGCAUAUUCCAACAGGCACCACACAAUGGGAACCACCAUCUCCAAUGGAGGAGGGUGCAGUGCCAGAGAGACCAUCAAGCACCUCACCUGCAAUAACGCCCUCUGAGGAACCGCAGAUCACAUGGACUGGUGUUGGUCGUCAAAAUAGAUUUAAUGACGACCUCUGGAAGGAGGAUGUUACUUCUGAUCAAAGUCUGAAAGAAUUUGAAGGAGCCACUCUGCGCUAUGCCUCCAUCAAUCUCAGUUGUUCCCAGUCAGAGACUGAAGAGAAACCAAAUUCAUACAGCGCUGAUGGAGAGGCCAAGUGUUUUGCUGUGCGAUCUCUUGGCUGGGUGGAGAUAUCAGAAGAAGAAAUGGCACCUGGCAAGAGCAGCGUGGCUGUCAAUAACUGCAUUCGACAACUCUCCUACCACAAACACAACCUGCACGACACUGCUGGCAUCUGGGGAGAGGGGAAGGACAUGCUUCUAGUUCUGGAGAACGAAAUGCUAAAUCUGAUUGAUCCUCUGGGACAGACCCUUCUCCACUCACAGCCUAUAGUCAGCAUCCGUGUUUGGGGUGUCGGCAGGGACAAUGGCAGGGACUUUGCUUAUGUGGCUCGAGACAAGCUAACCCAUGUUUUGAAGUGUCACGUGUUCCGUUGUGACACUCCUGCCAAGAACAUUGCCACCAGCAUGCAUGACAUCUGUUCCAAAAUCAUGGAACAGAGAAAGUCAUCAAAGUCAGGUCUGAACAGAUUUAACAUUGACCCUUCAAAACUUGUGGACAUCCCAGUUCAGGAGUUCCCAGCACCAAAGAAUGAGCUGGUCCAGCGUUUCCAGGUUCGCUACCUUGGUAGUGUUCCUGUGGCAAAACCAGUAGGCAUGGACAUUCUUAAUUCCUCCUUGGAAACUGCACUUGCCUCCAAAGACAAAGCUGAGUGGAAUCCUGUGACUGUGAAUGUGGCCUCUGCUACUCUUACCAUCCUCGUUUCAGAUACCGAGGAAGUUCUGUCAGAGUGCCGCGUGCGCUUCCUGUCAUUCAUGGGCGUAGGGAAGGAUGUCCACACCUUUGCAUUCAUCGUGGCUGAGGGUCCUGGAAACUUCAUCUGCCACAUGUUCUGGUGUGAGCCCAACGCUGCCAGUCUGAGUGAAGCUGUGCAAGCUGCCUGCAUGCUGAGGUACCAGAAGUGUCUGGACGGAAGACCCCCAAGCACCAUCUCGUGUCUGCCUGGACCCCCUGCCGACUCUGUGGCUCGCAGAGUGGGCUCUAGCGUCAAGAAAGGUGUGCAAAGCCUACUGGGAACGUUUAAAAGAUCUGGUGCCCAGACACCUUAAAAGAGUCUGUACCACCCGCAGCGGCAUUCAUCCCCCAUCACGGUCCUCAUCUCUCCUGCCUGAUGCGGGCUACAAUCGAGCCUCGAACACACAUUGUACUCCUCCUGAUGAGCCUCUCCUAAUGAGCUCAGGUUACCCUCUAUCUCUCUAUUUCUUUGUUGUGAGUGAGAUGGGAAAGAAAAUGCAUUCAUUUGGAGACAGGUUGCCCAGUUUAAUAUUUUAGACAUGCCUAAUUCCAAAAUGAUUGGAAUUACAAACAUCAUUGUGCAAAUAAAAAAGUAACACUUAACUACUUGUUCUUUUAAAAACACUUAAACUACCAACAAGCAACAUCACUACACUACUCAAGGUGAUAAUUAUGUACUGUAACUACUAUUGCUGUCUUAUUUUUUAUAUUUAAGCAGUCCUUAAACUUAUGUGAUUAGUUGUGUGUUUAUUUUCCGUUAGCCCACAAGAGCACAGAUAGCAUGGUCCCAAAAGCAGCGCCCGUCACAGAGUGUGUUUACAUGCACACCAAUAAUCUGAUAUUGAUUGCUGCUAGUGUUUAUGUAAAAAUCAAGCUCCACUUUAUUUUUUAUUAUAUUAUUAUUAUUUUUUAAUCUGGUGAAGCUUCCAGAAUUUGACCCCAGUAACAUGUACAUGUAGACUUGUUUUCAUAUUCCUGCCAGCUUUCUAUAACUGCACACGUGUGGAACAAACACAUCAUUGGUGGUGGUGUCGUCUAACCUACGGGGAAUGUCUGUGUCACGUAUUGGAACAUAGUUCAGCUCAAGUGAUCGGUGUUUAACUGAGACAGUAAACAUUUGUUCACCCCCCUGUAUUAUAAUAGAGUAAUAGAGUAAUCAUGUGUGUGUUUAGAAUAACACUUUUAUCAAACAUUCCUAUCUGCUGGGUCAAUAUUUAUCAAAUGACACUUCCAACAUUACUGGAAGUAAACACACUGCUCAUUUAUAUAGACGCCUGAAUUUUACUGUUACUUGAUUUUGAAGUGCUGACGUGCAUGUAACACUGCCAAGGGGUUUAUUGUCAAAACAAUUCCCCAUUUUUUCUUAGAACUACAGUUGUCCAGUCAUUGUGUGCAUGUAAUCACACCCAAUUUAAGAUUUUAAGAACGCGGUCGAUGUGACCUUGGUUAAACUAAAAAGUUUAAAUUAUUUAAACCAGUUAUUUAUAUAUUUGUCUCUAAUAGGAUACUGUAACGUAGUCUUCCAAAACAAGUGCACAACCGUGAUUUCUUUUGUUUUUAGGAUUUGUUUCAAGUCGUGUCGUUUAUAGAAAAUUUAAUUUUCCUGACUUGGUGGAAAUUUAGUUUUUAGACACAAGGUCUUACCACUAUGUGGUUAUUUCACCUCUGUUUAAAUGUCAAGAGUUUUCUCUGUGCCUGUCUGUUCUGGUCUAGAUAUAAUUAAUAAAUGUAGUUUUUUUGGGCGGGGGUGUUGGGUUUAUGCAGAUUUUUCUGAAGCAGUGGUCCUCAACUGGUGACUGUCCAACAGCAGACGUGCUGUUGUUAAUGUUCAACAGCAGACGUGACCAGACAUGAAAUUUUGUUCUGGCUUUUUUAAAACUUUAACCUUUGUAGGUUAGCAGGAGAUAUAUGGUUCAGGGAGGUUUUAUGAUGGCAGUUAACAGUCGACUAACUACUGGUCUUGGGUGCAAGUAGGAAACCAUCACUGCCUUUUAAAAAAAGCAUAUAAACUUUAGCAAUAGACUGUCAAAAGUAUGACACUUUACAGACUUGAGUGCAAUUUCAUUCAACAUUUCCAUUCAAUACAAUCAGUGCAUUGUAACUUGCUCAUGGAUUGCAGUAGUUUACUUUAAAACAGAUAUUGAUUUUUAGGGGGUGGUGUGUGGGGUGAUGGGGGAACUGUAUGUAUUGUUAUAUCAGAAGCAUAAAGCUUGGCACCUUUUUUGAGAUUGGCUAAUGUCCCUGAUAUUAUCAGGACUAAAAUUAUAAGGCAGUAGUUUUGCAUUUUAAUGUGGCAUGUGCAUUUUAAUUGUCAUUAUUAGUGUCUGGAUUUUAACUGAUUGAUCUUUUAGUUUGCAAACUUUUGCUGCAGUAUGGAUUUUUUUUAUACAUAAAAUGAACUAGAAUGAACUUUGGGGACACAGCUUUGGCCGGACCAGUUGGGAACCACUUAUCCAAAAAGGUCCAGACACAUUCAGGAAUUCACAGGUAGAGGGCGCUGUUUCUCUCUUUCUCUCUCUCGCUUGAUAACAAUCCUGGUCAAAACGAUCAGGUCAUUUUUUGUGAUUGUGUGUGUUUUAGAACAAAAGAAAGAAAAAGAAAUUAAUUGUACACUCUUGAAACGACCAGAUGUUAUUGAUUGUUGUGUAUAUACACAUACACUGUUUCUCCUUCUCAUGCACCUUGUAAUAUAACUGCACCAUUAUUUGCCUCAGCGUUUGGCUUGACCCAUUAACAGCCAUUCAUAACUAUCACACGCUACACUUGCUCACUGAAUGUUAUUGUAUAUAAUGAGACUAAUAUAGUAGUAGUAGCGGAAUGCACUCAUAUCCAGUAGCACAUGGCUUCGAAUGCUUUCAGACCCUGGUGCCGUUUUUUUAUUUUUUAUUAUUUAUUCUUUUCAUUUGGAACACAGAAGAGUUUUUAAGUUUUAGUUCAGCUGCUUAAGUGAUGUAAUAAAAGUCCAGAAAAGGCGUUGUUUUUUUGCUCUUGUGAUCUUAAGAAAACUGAUGUUGAUUACGAUUUUAGUUGUUUUACUUUUGAUCUUAAGAUACCUAAAACAGUUUUUUGUGAUCACAACUUUUUUAAUGAUCAAAUGCAUAGACUGCCUCUUUUGUACUUUGUUUUGUAUCCACAUAAUGAAACUUGCAUUAGUUUUUGCUUUGAUCAGGGAAUGACGCUUGUUUAUUAGUGCUAGACAAUUUUCAAAUUAAUGUUUGUUGAUCUUUAUCACAGAAGAACACAGAAAUGUGCCGCCUCAGCCUAUCAGAAAUGUGAGGAAAAAAUCUCAAACAAGUGUAUCUUGAAAACAGUUGUUUUCUUGAUCACGAGAUAAAGCUAUAUAUCGCAUUUUUUCUGGACUAUUGUAUUGUACAGACAGAACUGGAUUUCUUUUUGUCCUCACCUCACGUACUCGGGAGUAAUUUGCACUGAAGUUGCUCUACUAAAUGCAAUAGUGUAUGUGGUCGUGUGAGCAUUUUGUGUAGAAUAUGUCAGAGUUGUUGUUCGGUAUGCACUCUAGAGCCAGUAGAACUAGAUCACUCCAUGUAAUAGCUGAAAAUGGUUCUGGGUAACGACAUGGAGUAAUAUCUGUGUAUUGUAUCUUAUUAAAAGAAUGUAAAUGUUGGAUGUUUGUAAUUAAUCCAUUUUAGAAAAAUGCCAUUUUUUUCACGGAGGAAUGAAUGUGCACAGAUCAUAACCAGCCGGCCUAUACGUUAUCUCCCAUCAGCCAUCUGUGAGUGCUGUUGCUAGUGCAUUUUCACACACGUAAUAUGCAACUAUUAUUGAGAGUUAAGAGUUUGUAGAAUAUAACAAUGCUUUUAGUUUAACUUAAAGCUAAGGUGCAAGAGAUUUCAUUUUUUUAUUGCUUGGUUUGAUUUCUAAAAAUGUAAAUUAGGUGUCAUGUAUUGUACAUACAUGUAUAUUAAUAUGAUGUGUCACUGGGCAAAAUAAAAAGUUAUUGUCUGUC